AUGGUUGUUAAUGAAGAUAAAUAUACAGGAAAAGAAACAGUUAUUUCAACUGCAUCAUGUACAACAAAUUGUUUAGCACCACUUGCUAAAAUUAUUCAUGAAAAAUUUGGUAUUAUCGAAGGUUUAAUGACAACUGUUCGUUCAUGUACUGAUACACAAAAAAUUGUUGAUAAUCCAUCAUAUGAAAAUUCGCGAGCUGGACGUGGACCUACACAAAAUAUUAUUCCAUCAUCAACUGAUGCUGUUGAAGCUAUUCGAAAAAUUAUUCCUGAUUUAAAUGGAAAAUUAACUGGUAUGACUUUUCGUGUUCCAGCACCAUAUGUUUCAGUUAUUGAUCUUAAUGUUCGAUUAAACAAAGGAGCUAAAUAUGAAGAAAUUUGUGCAGCAAUAAAAGAAGCUGCUAAUGGGCCAUUAAAAGAUAUUUUGGCUUAUACUGAAGAUACAGUUGUUUCAACAGAUUUUCUUGGUAAAACACAUUCAUCAAUUUUUGAUGCUAAAGCUGGUAUUUCACUCAAUGAUAAUUUUGUCAAACUUGUUUGAUGGUAUGUUUUUUGUUUUUUAUUUAAAUAACAUUUUUAUUUAAUUCUAUUUCUAGGUAUAACAAUGAAUAUGGCUAUUCAUAUCGUCUUGUUGUUUUGAUUAAAUAUAUUGCAGAAAAAGAUUAUGAAAUUGAAUUGAGGCUUGAAUCAACUUUCUAAUGAUUAUACUACUGGAUUUUGACUUUCAUUUUCUAUUGAACAUUUAAGAAAAAAAAGAGUUCUUUUUAUUAAGAAAAUUUUGACUUUUAUUUUAUAUUGUUAUUUUCAUUUACCUUGUAAAAAUAAAAAGAUAGAUUUUUUUAUUCUUCAAAUAAAUUAAGAUAUAUGUUUAUUCUACUGGAUUAAAUACCAUCGACAAUGCUUAUUAAUUGAAAUUUUGUGUGAUUUUAUAAUAGAAUUUAUAUUGAAGCCGAAAAUAAAUAUCUACGAAAAUAUUAUUAUAGCCUGUUGUACUGAUUUGGAGAUAAGUAGUAAAAUAACGAUUUUUCAUUUAUUUAUUAUCUAUUGUCUAUUGUCUAUCGUUGAAUGUAUACGAUAAAUCGUUACACAUAGUGUGUGUACCUUUAUACUUUAAUAAUAUCAUGAUGCAUUUAACAUGUGUGUCGAUUCGUGCUAAUCAAGCUGACAAGCGUAAUAUGAAAUGUAUCAAACCUAUACAAGCUGGUCUGAAAUGAUACUUCUUUAUUAUAUCUCGUUUUGUGAGAAAGCUUUUGAUCCUUUUUGCAAAACUUUUCAACUGGAAAACUUAACAAUGUAAGAGAGAAAUGAUUUUGCUAAUUUCUUUUUACUGUAAUCGAUGUUAACUUUUUUUAAAUAUUUUCAAAUGAUAAUAUUUAUUUAUAUGGAUUAAACUUUUGAUAAGAAUAAACCU